AUGGCGGCGGCGGCGGCGGCGGCGGCGGCAGGCAAGUUCGGCUCGUUCUCGUACCCGGACGGCUGCAGCUACGUGGGCGACUGGAACGAGGCCGGCCAGCGGCACGGUCACGGCCAGAUGACGCUGGCGGACGGCGCCGUCUAUCAGGGCGGCUUCGCCAACGGCUUCUUCAACGGGCUCGGCGUCAUCGUCUUCUCCGACGGCGCAAAGUACGAGGGCGAGUUCGCACAGGGCUGGUUCCAUGGCCACGGCAUCUUCUGGCGGUCGGAUGGCAUGCGGUACGAGGGCGAGCUGCGCGGAGGACGCCUCUGGGGCCACGGUCUGAUGACCUACAGCGACGGAUCACACGGCUUUCCGCGGCAAGAAGGCUUCUUCCAAGACAGCAGAUUUAUUCAGAAGAAAAAGUGUUCAAAAGUAAUCUCACGCGCCCAGAAAGUUGCUUUGCUGGCUAGGCGGCAGUGCGAGUGAUCUGCACGAUUCAGUAUUUUUUUUAUCAUGUAUACAUAACAAAUAUGUUAUAA